UGAGGUCAAUUGUAAGAAAGAGACACAGGAUGGUCAUUGUUGUAAAGACACAAUGGUAGCAGGGGAGUGCAAACAUCUUUAACUUGUUGCUUUAUGAUGGGAAAGAGCUGGAUUUGAUCAUAUUUCAGAGGGUACCGAGGAAUAUCUAUGAUUUAUCUCCAACUCUGCUUUCUGCCAUUAAGAAUCAUGCUUGGGCCUCUAGAACGCCGACAUAAAUCUCACAUCACAGAGAAGCCGAUGCCACAGGGUCCCCCAGGUGGUGUUAUCGGGAUCCUUGGAGGUGUCGUUGCCAUUGGACUCAUCAUCGGCGUGGCUGUUACUGUUGUCAUGGUCCAUCGGAGGCAGCAGAAGACCCGCACUGAGACAGAUAAUGACCUGACCGACCUCCCACCUGCUCACAAACCUGCCCCGCCCCCACCUAAGAAGAAGAACAGUGACAUGAAGGGACACUUGACAUCUGAUGACAUCCAGGUGGUUCAUCUGGACAAGGAUGAAGAAAUGCAGAAGCUCCCUCUUCAGCCUCCUUAUUACGACAUGGCGCCCUCCGAGUCGACCCCCUUCACUGAUAAGCCGGACUCUGGGAGGCGUCCAGAAGAGCUGUUGAACCCGGCUGAAUACAUGAGCUACCAGCGCGUCGCCAACAUGGAACAGUACCCCGAGUCUCAGCCCGCUCCAGCCUAUCCUGUUACCUUCCUGCCUCAGCACCCUUACACACAGCAGCCACCCAGCGAGCCCAUGUACUCCAACACCACCUUCACCGCCCCUGCCCCUGGCCCUCGCCCUCCAUACACGUUCCCCAAGGAGCAAUCUGUGUGACAUGCUACAUAACUUUUAGCUCUGCAAGAGGCGACGUGAUAGUGCCACAGACGCCUCGUGGAAAAAUAAAAGCUCUGCUGAAGGGAUGUGCAUCCGUUCCCACCUCGCUUCUGUUUAUUCUCUACGCUUAAACCACGUGUGGGCUUCUCCCUGACAUGAUGAAAGUGUCUGUAAUUUGUGGCCCUGAGUCCCUUGAAACCCCCCCCGUGUAUUGUGCACUACACUGAGGCUGUCUGUAAGACCCCCACUCACCUUGUGAUGUUAGCGUAGCCGACACAAACUACCCUCCUCCAGCACUCUUUCCCCUCCAACCCCACUCGCCCACACUCCCUGUUUGUUUUUUGACUGCCUCCUCACCUUUUGAAUAUUUGGUUUCUAGCCAGCCGUCUAAACCGUGUACAGAAUAUACCAUGUAUCACUCAAGAUGUUAUUUUUUCUUCUUCUUCUUCUUCUUUUUUUUUACAUUUCCCACAGUGGUAGUGACCUUUUUAUAGCAUCGUGCUUCUUUUUGUUUGUUCUGUUUGUCUGUCAAUCAUAUGCUUGCUUCUUUGAAAGUAAUAUACUGUACUGUAUGUGUGAUCGGGUGUGUUCUGGUGAAAAAAAGAAAACAAAUGCCAUAUGAUUUGUAAAAGUAAUUAUCAAUUUUUAAUGACAUUGACUACCCCUUUAAUGACAGGAAAUGACAGGUUGUCAUGUGAAGAUGUGAAUUGGCAGUCCCUCAUCUAAAUCCUUUGUUACCUUUCAUAAUAGCUCUGCUGUUAUGAAGUUUGACUGGAUAUUUCGGACUAUUGGAAGCGAAUGUUAUCCUCAUAAGCACUAAGAAAAACAAAGGGCUUGAGAUCAAA